GGCCGGGGUGCUGCGGGGUACGGCGGGCGGGGGGCGGCCCACGCUGGGAGAGCUUGGGGCCGCUGCCGUGGGCCGCGGGCCGGGCUGAGGGGCCCGGGGCUGGGCCCGGCGAGGGAAGGACGGCUGGCCUGGCGGCGGCGGGCCCCGGAGUUUCCGCACGCGAAUCGGGGCGCGCUGCGGGUCCCGCACAGAGGUGCCCGCGCAGCGGUGCCGGCCCCUGUUACAAACAGACAUAACCAUCGCCUCUUCUCCCUCCCCUCCUCAGGAGAAGCAACGAUGUAAUCUGUUAAAUGCCGGCCUUGCCACCUGAUGCCGCGUGGAAACCACGGUGCUGAGCGAGGUGCUGAGCAACAGCUUUCUUGACAGCCACGAUUUGCUUCCUUCAGAGUGUCGUCGCGGCUGCCGUUUCUGUUGCUACCCGAAGCCUCGUGCUUGCCCGGGCGAGAAGGUUCCUUCGUACCACAGUAUUUGGUCACCUUCUUCUGGGCUCUGAGGGCGAUAGUGACCAGUGUGAAAAUGCUGCGAUAUUGGGGUGAGAUCCCGGUGUCAUCCAGCCAGGCCAACCGCAGCUCUUUCGACCUUCUUCAGCGAGAGUUUCGGACUGUGGAAGUCCAAGAUCCUCCGCUGCAUCAGCCAUCUGCCAACAAACCCCGGCCGACCACCAUGCUGGACAUCCCGUCGGAGCCCUGCAGCCUCACCAUCCACACCAUUCAGCUCAUCCAGCACAACAGGCGGCUGCGUGGCCUGAUCGCCAUGGCUCAGGCCCAGAACCAGCAGCAAGCAGAGGGCAUAAAGACUGAAGACAGUGAGCCUCUGCCAUCUUGUCCGGCCUCUCCACCUCUCCCUGAUGACCUACUUCCUCUGGACAGCAAAACCCCCAAAAUGCCGUUUCAGCUGAGGCACAGUGACCCUGAGAGUGAUUUCUACAGAGGAAAAGGGGAGCCAGUGACCGAGCUGAGUUGGUCCUCCUGCCGGCAGCUUCUCUACCAGUCAAUGGCCACCAUCCUGGCUCACACGGGCUUUGAGUGUGCCAAUGAGAGUGUCCUGGAGACCCUGACAGACAUUGCCCAUGAGUACUGCUUGAAGUUCACCAAACUGCUGCGCUUUGCUGUGGAUCGAGAGGCUCGGCUUGGGCACACCCCUUUCCCUGAUGUCAUGGAGCAAGUCUUCCACGAGGUGGGCAUCGGCAGUGUGCUCUCGCUGCAGAAGUUCUGGCAGCACCGCAUUAAGGAUUAUCACAGCUACAUGCUUCAGGUUAGCAAGCAGCUCUCUGAAGAGUACGAGAAGAUUGUCAACCCUGAGAAGGCAGCAGAAGACACAAAGCCUGUGAAGAUUAAAGAGGAACCUGUUAGUGACAUUACUUUCCCCAUAAGUGAGGAGCUGGAAGGGGAUCUGGCUUCCGGUGACCAGUCUUUGCCCGUUGGAGUCCUUGGAGCUCAAAGCGAGCGCUUCUCUGCCAACUUGGAAGUAGAAGCUUCCCCGCAGACUUCAGGGGCUGAGGUGAAUGCUUCUCCACUCUGGAACUUGGCACAGGUAAAAAUGGAGCCGCAAGAAAAUGAGGAGGCCAAUGUCCACAGCCAUGGGGUCCUGGGCAGCGAUGUGUUUGAAGAACCGAUGUCAGGCAUGAGUGAAGCUGGGAUGCCACAGAGCCCUAAUGGCUCUGAGAGUAGCUACGGCUCUCAUUCUGCUGACAGCCUGAUGGGAUCCUCGCCCGUCUUCAACCAGCGGUGCAAGAAAAAGAUGAAGAAGAUGUGAAAAGAGACAGUCUUUUUAUUUAAUCCUGAUGGUAUGUAAUAGACUUGAAACAAACUGAGAGCACUGUGAUGGCUAUGACUCAUAAACAGGGCCGGUCCUGGUGUAUGAGGGACCUUACUUAAAAUCAUGAUGAGACAUUUGAUGUGUAGUGCACUUCAGCUCCCUACUUUGCUGGCUUCUGUACUCUGUCAUGACUCACAAGAUUGAAAGUCACCCUGUACAUUUCGUGGUGUCAUGGCUGGCUUUGGAAAAUUAAUGAUGAAGAAGUUACCAGUGGAAAGUUGUUACCAGUGGAGAGAUUUGCUGAGUCAUGGGAUCAUCAAAGAAUUUGCCUUGAAGGAAUGUCUUGAGGUUCCCAGUCUCUCCAGUCCAGCUUCCUGCUUGAAGCACAGCCAGUUAGAUCAGGCUGCUCAGGGCCUCGUCCAAUUGAGUUUUAACUAUCUCUAAGGAUAGUGAUGCCAAACCUCUUUGGGUAUUUUUCCAUGUUUGACUACCCUCAUAGUAAGAAAAAAAUAUAUUCUUGAAUCUAGUUGGAAUUUCCUGUAUUCCAUCUUGUGCUCAUUGCCUUUGUUCUCUCAUUGGUCAUCUCCAAGAAGAGUCUGAUUCCUGUCUUCUCUAACCUGCCCAUUAGGUGGUUGUAUACAAUGAGGUAUCUCUUUAGCCUUUUCUCUUCCUAAAUCUGAGGAAACUCUGAGCUCCCCGAGCCUCUCCUUGUACAUCCUGUGCACCAGCCCCCUAACCAGCUUUGUGGCCUUCCACUGAAACUGUUGCAGUGCCUUUCUUAUAAGGGGGAGCACGAAAGUGGAUGCAGUCCUCCAGAUACCGUCUCACAAGCACUGAAUAGAGAUAAAUAUUUUCCCUCAAUAUACUAGCUACUCUCUUUCUAACUGUUACGGUCAUAAGUCAGAUAUUUCACUGGUUUAGGAGUUGUCGCUGCUGCUGACCGUGCAAAGAUGCUGUAGAGUGGCCCCACUGUCCUAUCCUCUAGGUCCUUUGGGGCCUUCAGAUGCAUCCUGCCCAGUUCUGUGGAGUUGCAUAAGUCCAGUUGCUUAUGUUCUUGCUAACUUGAUCUUUCUCUGUGGUUGGUAAUGCUCUGCUGGUAGACUGAAGGACCUGGCAGGAUUGAAGGCAGACCUUACCAGUGAAAACAGGCAAAAAAGGUGCUGAAUACAUCAGUCUCGGAGUACCAAGUGCAUCCUUUGUCACUAGGUUACCUGCAUCGUUGAACAGUAAACCUGUGUUUUCUUUAACCUUCCAUUUGCUACCAGUGUACUUAAAAAAGCCCUUCACAUUUCUUACCAGGCCCAACUCCAGAUGAGCUUUGUCUUUCCUAACUGUCCCUGUGUACUUGGGCUGUGUCUCUAUAUCCCUGCUGGCCAGACCAUCCUCACUUCCACAUCUGGGAGCUUUUGUCUGUGUGUUUGAGCUCAGUCAGGAGUUCCUUGAUCAUCUGUGCUGACCUUCUGUCGUGCCUCAUUUACUUUCUGCCCAUCCGAAAUGACUGUUCUACUUUGAGAGAACUACCUGUGAAGAUAAGGCAGCACUGUUGGGCCUCUUUGGGAGGCUAUGGCAGCCCCUCAUGAGAUCCUGACAAGGUGUUCCUUGUAUAAACCAACACAUGUUGUCUGAAAGGUCCAGGGCUCUGUUAUACACGUUUCUCAGGAUUUUAAAUGCCACAAUUUCAGGUCUGCUGCAGCCAUGACUUUCACAUUCUUCACCUAUCCAUCCAUGUUAGUAACAAGUCCAGCAGAGCUUCUUCUCUGGUUGAUUUCUUGACCAUCUAUUCAGAGAAGUUGAUGUGGUUUUCUGGAGACAAUGAAGCAGCUUUGAAGCAGCUUUUAGUAUUAGCGUGAGCCAACGCUGUCAAUGCAAACUUAUCCUUUGCUCUCGUCGGAUUGAAUGCAGCAACUUCAGACUGGCUGAGGUUUCCUAUUCAAAGUCGUUAUCUUGACAACUUAGUCUGAAACAGAAUCUAUUUGGCUUCUUGCUUUUAUGGCUCAGUUGACUGAUGGCUUUUUUUGUUGUAUUUUUUUUGUUCUGCACAGUCCUCAGUUGAUCAACUCGGCCUUUAACUUGAUUCAUUGAGUAUCUCUCUCAAAAAAGCUGGAAUGAACAUGAAUCAAGAAUGUACAGCCACUUAAACUGGCUUUAUACCUGUAACCCAUUGGGAUAUUUGAGGGAGAUUUACCAAAACUCCCAUUUGUUCUUACAAUUGCAAGUUUAUCUUUUGAAAGAAUGAGCUCCAGGCAUAGUAUUUUUGUUUCUGUAUAACAUGCCUAGCUUUAAUUCUUUUUUUUCCUAACUAUAUUUCUCUUCCACUUUGUAGAAGUGGAAGGCAAACAUAAAAUUCCUCAAUGUCUAGUAUGAAUGUGUGACCACCGGCUUUUAUGGACAUUGGAGUUAAAAUUGUCCAUCACAGUUUUAAAGAUUUCUCCUGCAGGGUGGAUUCUAGCUAUUUGGAGCCUAGUCAGUAGUAGAACAGCAGACCAGCGUACCAGGAAAUCUUCAUUUUGAUUCCCUCUGAGUCACCAUUAGAUGUGCUGCAAAGUCCCUGUUUUCUCAGCUGUAAGAAAGAGAAUAGUAGUAUUUGGCUCUUAGAAGUGUCUUUGAGAUUUAGUUACUAUUCAAAAGAAGCACUGUGAUCCUCCAGAGAAUUCUGUGAACGUUUUAUGAGCUUUCCUUCUAUUCAGAUAGGACUGUUGCUGGCUGGAGGAUGCUCAGAUGGACAUUGAAAUGUAACUGGCCUGGAUGAACCUAGUUUUAAGCAAAACGGCUUAUCAUGAAGAAACACAGCACAGUUGUGCUUGUUCAGGAAGGCAUUUGGGGUAGCAUCUUCUCACUCUGCUUUAGAUAUCUGUAGCUAAAUUUGUUCCCUUGGGCCUCAUCUGCAGCCAAAGAGAAAUAGUCAUUGUUAGACCACCAUUCAGUUGGCCUUGAAGUAUAAAGCAGGCCAGAUGCAUAGCAUUUUUAGAAAUGUCUGUUUCUCCUUUUUGUGCCCAUAAAGUCAGUUCAACUUGACUACCUCACCUGAAGAUAUCCACACCAUCAAUGGCUGAGUUCAGUGGCUUCAGCCCUUCCUGUCUGGGAAUGGGAGGAGACUCCCUCCUGCUGUGACCGCGCUUUUCUGCUUCUACAUGUUUUGUAGAGCUUGCUAUUGAAAUAGUAGUGCUGGGCUAAAAGCAAACUGCCCACCUUACCUAAACCAGCAAAUCUGGUGCUCUCCACAACACACAGAGAGUGCAAGGCUAAGGCCUCGAGGCUCAGGCUUUGACACUGUGUGAGAACCCCUGUCAUUGGGCCUUUCUCUGUUGGAGCAUUGCCAGACUGUGGUAGUAAAGUGUUUUUUGAGACUGGGGCAGGUAAGUGGAGUCCCUUGCACUGUUUUCAGGAGCUAGAGGACAGAGUUACUGCUGCCAACAUUGCUUAUUCAUUUGCAAGCUUUCAAGUGGGCUGAAAAGGAAAAUCUGCAGUUCUCCAGGGCUUUGUUUAAACCUCCUAAGCGUCAAUCUUGAAUACUUCCCCUAUAUUGCUCACAUACAAUUGUUCUGUCUUACUUUUGUGGUUUUGUGUUUCACCUCCCUUUUCCACACUCAUUUCACCCUGUAACUCACUCUUCUGCAACAAGCCAAGACCGAAUGCUUCAAGUAUAUUUAAAUACGGUGGAAAUUCACCAUCCACCGAUUCAGCUGUGUCGUUACAGUGUGAGAGACGUGCUCCCGAUUCUGAUGCAUGUUUAUGCAGAAAGGACAAAUGCAUCAGCAUCGCUUGUGCAUUUCAAAUCUAGCACACAAAGGCAGAGACACACAAUAUGCCUUUUGGUUUAUUUGAUGAAUCAAAUAAGAUUUUGCUAGGUGUUAAUGCAGCCUUGGGCAAGGACUGAGUUGUUCGUUGACCGUGUAAACCCCAAACUUCAAGCCCCAGGGAGAUUCUGCAGUGGGUCAGAAUGAAGCCCAGCUCUGGCAGGUGCUGUUUGUUGCUGGCCGCUGGUAAAGCGCUGUGCUGACCCACUCACCUCAGGAGGCUGUGGUUUGCUUGGUCCUUUCGUCUCUCUCCCUUCUCUUUCCAAAGGUGGGUGGAUGGCAAAUUGGAGUAUUGAGUGCUGGCCUCAUCCAUAUCCAGCAGCAUUGAUAUCUUUAGUGAUUUAUUUUGCCACGAUUGAAUUGGUGGGAACUUUGAUAUCAAUUUGGAGAGCAAGAUCUAUGAAUUACUUGGCUUUUGAAGUGUUUUGCAUGGGAAUCAUACAGGAUUGUCACUGAGAGAGCUGUGUGUAUCAUAUUCCUUUUCCCCUCCAGCGAUACCUUUUUAUUCCUUUUGAAGAGUUUUGCCUGGUAUCCGACAAAGUUCACUCUCUAAACGACAGCGUUAACAACUUUACAGCUGUAUGUCAGAGCGUGCCGCUGAGUGAUUUAAUGCCGAGACCAUCCGUGCUAAUUCGAAUCUACAUAGUGCUGUGCAGAAAGAAAGAGAUGUUUCCUGCAUAGAAAUUUACCAUUUAAAAAGAAAACAGGAAAAUAAGAUUAGGUAAGGGUAGGUGAGGCCAAUCUGAUGCUGUGCUCAAUUCUGAGACUGAUGCACAUGUUAUGUGUGAAGGAUGUUUUACUUAAAAUGUUUUUGUACAUGCGUGUGGAUGAAAUACGUAACUUUGCUUCUGUUUAUAUGGAACAAAAUUGCUUGGAAACAUUUCAGGGUUGUUUGGGUUUGGUGUUUUUUCCUUGCUCUCCC